AUCAAAAAGGGGCAGGACGUUUGUCUCGUGCCUGCUAGCAUAGAGUCGACGGCUGCGUUUGAAAUAGCGAAGCAGCCGAUGCAGGAAGUCCUACAAAGUUUCUGUUUAAUUACACUUCAGCGUUUCGAUUGCAAACCCAAAGGCGAACAUGAAUUCUUCGGGCUCCCUGACAAUUGGGGCGCUAUUCCACACGCUUGGCGAAAUGGGAUUCACACAGGAGCAGAUCCAGGCUGCUGUGCAGGCCGGUCAUUUUUCCGUGACGGACGCGGCCGAGUGGCUUCUGCAGGGUCAUCAGCAUGCACGACACAGUUUGCUCAAGCAGCCGACGGGGCCGGCGGAAACGGCAUUCGCGGCUUUCAACCCUCCGAAAGAGUCGACUAUCACGUCUGCUUCUGACUGUCCAGCAAGUAGCUCAUUAGCGCAGAAGUUGUCACCGCCUUCCCGAGGGUUGCCCCCCAUCGAGUCGCGCAUCAAACAGGACAAAAGUGACUUUGAGGAGCAGCAGAGGCAACGCGUGACUCAGCAGGCGAGGGCGGAGCGCCGGCAAAAGAAGCAGGAGCGAGAGUUGGUGCUUAAGCGUAUUGCCGACGAUCGGCGGAGCUUACAGGAGAAGAGCAGCCAGUCUGGCGUAGCGGCGGCGGCGGAGGGGGCGUCGCCGUCCGAUGACAGUCAAGGGCACACUCUUGGAGGGAAGGUUCAGACUAAUGUGGAUAACAACUGUAUUCUCAUGAUCCGGCUGCCGUCCGGUGAGUCCAUGCGCGAAAGCUUUCCGGCCGACGCGCCGCUUCGCUGUGUAGUGGAGCACAUCACGGGACGUCAUCCCGCCCUCCGCGCCUUCUCUCUCCUCCAGGGGUUUCCACGAAAACGCUUCGGGGAGGCUGAGCUGGCCUGCUCACUGCGCUCCCUCGGCCUCACGCCUAACGCCGCCCUUUGCAUUCAGACAACUCCCCCGGAGACCCCCCAAGACCCGGCCGGCCCUGCCGAGCCGCCCCCGGUCGGACCUGACCGGCGGGCGUGUCCUACUCCUCCAAUCCCAGUCCAGGAGAGAGCGGGUGGGCCAGAUUUUGUCGUGCCCCCUCCGCUACCCAAUCACGUGUGGGAAGAGGCUGCCAGUCUUGCGGGGAUCUCUGGAGGUGCUCCUCUUCACGGACCUUCUCACUUUUGGGGGCGAGGCCAAAAGUUGGUCGCUGGCAAUCCCGACGAAGCUGCUGGAGUCCAACCCGAACAGGAAGAUGACGGUGACGAAGAAGAGGGAGAAGCUCCACAUUUGCUUAAUGGUCUGCCGCAACUUCCGUUCCUCCUGGAGAACAGGAAUCGUGGUGGCUUGGAGCCCAGACACCGGUGGCCCGAGCAGGGCAAUCGACUUAGAGAGGCCCUGGAGGAUGAGCCGGCGCCCGAGCCGAACGACGCCGAGGGCCGAGUGGCGCCCGGAGCCGCCGGGCAGGCCGCUGUGGAGCGUCUGCAGCGGGCGGUGCGUCACGAAGACCCCGCCUCGCAGGGACAGCCACUUCCCCCCAAAAGGUCCUUCAAGACCCCCAGCGUCUCCUCGCUCUGUACCUUGGCCACGCGCGCCACCGUCCAGCUCAUGACGGCUCCCAGUAUGCAGUAUAGCAGCAGCCUGGCCGGCCUGACACCUGAGCUCGUGGAGCUUCUGCUGAACCACAUGGCCCAGGAGCGUGUGCUGCGUCCGCGCAACCUGGAGCUAUUCUUUGGCUGUCCGCUGCAGAAGUUUGUCCUCAACUGCUACCCGUACUCCACUAAUGAGCUGCUGCGCCAGCUGCGCGCCUUCACCGCGCUCAAGCAUCUCAGCCUGAUCAACUCGCCGCUCAUCACGGACUCUGGCCUCUCAAUUCUGUCCAGUCUGGUUAAACUGCAGUAUCUCAACUUGGCCUCAUGCAGCAAACUGACCGACUCUUGUCUGCAGUACAUCACAGGUCUCAAAAGCCUGUGCUUCCUGUCGCUGGACCAGACCAAAGUGACGGACGCGGGCGUGACGCUGUACCUGCGCUCAGCGCCGCCGUGCCUCUCGCAGCUCAGCCUCAACCAGACAGCGGUCGGCGAGACUACGCUGGCCGUGCUUCCCGCUUGUGUGCCGCAGCUGCGGAUGCUCAGCAUCAAGCAGACCAAGGUGUCCGACGUUUCCGCGCUGUCCGAGCUGCCGGGCCUGCAGACGCUCAACCUGGACGGCACGGGCGUGACUGAGGCCUCACUUGCGCAGUUGGGCACCCACCCGUCUCUUUCGUCCCUCAGCCUGGGGGGGGUGCGCGUGUCCAACGGCGACCACGCCCUGCAGAUUGUAUCGGGACUGGCAUUGACUCACCUGACACUCCCAGGACGCCACUCGGUCACGGACGGCGGCCUGGCGUUCUUGUCGCGGCUGCAGCUGCUGGUGGAGCUCGAUCUAACGGACUACACGCAAGUCACAGACCGGGGAGUUCAGCACCUCUGCACUAUGACCAGAUUAAAAAAGCUGUCUCUGAGUAACACACAAGUGACAGAUGCCGGGCUCUCCUACUUGCGCCCUCUGCUGGGGCUGCAGGAGCUGUGCUUGGACCGGACGGCAGUCAGCAGUCGAGGAGUGGCGGCGCUCAUCACCUGCCUGCCGCACCUCCAGGUGUUGGGCCUGGCCAGCACUCAGGUGGGCGACAGUGUGGUGAGGCGAGGUCUUAUCCACUGCCCUCAGAUGCUGAAGUUGAAUCUCAGCCGCACCAGAAUCACAGAUAACGGCGUGAAGUUCCUGGCGCACAUGCGUUUGACUCAGGUGAACCUGGACGGCACCGGCGUGAGCCUGACGGGCAUCGCUGCCCUGCUGGCGUCCACACACAUCAGCAGCAUCCGCGCCAGCAACACGCGCGCCGUGCCCAUCGACGAUGUCUCCGACGACGAAUGGGAGCCUGCCUCGUAGCAGUGAAAAACACUCCCCUUCCAUACUCCCCCCCCCUCCUUGACUCCGCCCCCCUCUAGUCGAACUGUCGUUGAUGAUCUUAGGCCCAGCUCGGGUCAAAUUGACCCGUUUGACAAUGUAAUUUGAGAAGCAAUUAUGUUCUCAGUUCAAAUGUUAUCGGAACUAGGGGGGGUUCACAUGCUGGAUGUCAAUUUGACCUAUUUGAAAAUCUAAUCAAUAAUCCUCAGUAUUCAAAUAGCUUUUUUGCUGCGUUACCCUGAGGAAACCAAGAAGACUUAAGAUAGAGUAUAAACGUUCACGCCGCGUUAUGAGAAACAUUUAAAUUCAACAUAAUUAACUGCUGUCAUUUUUUGUUGAUUAUGAAAUGCAACAAGGACCUUUUGUGUUAUUCCUAAUUCUGUUGUAUUAAAAAGUACAAUGUAGUGCCA